AUGGAGAUUUUGUAUCAUGUCCUGUUCUUAGUGCUCGAAUGUCCUAACCUGAAGCUGAAUAAGCCACCCUGGCUGCACAUGCCGUCGGCCAUGACUGUGUAAGCUCUGAUGGUGGUGUCUUACUUCCUCAUCACCGGAGGAAUCAUUUAUGAUGUUAUUGUUGAACCUCCAAGUGUUGGCUCUAUGACUGAUGAACAUGCGCAUCAGAGGUCAGUAGCUUUCUUUGCCUACAGAGUAAAUGGACAAUAUAUUAUGGAAGGACUUGCAUCCAGCUUCCUGUUUACAAUGGGAGGUUUAGGUUUCAUAAUCCUGGACCAAUCGAAUGCCCCAAAUAUCCUAAAACUCAAUAGAUUUCUUCUUCUGUUCAUUGGUUUCAUCUGUGUCCUAUUGAGUUUUUCAUGGCUAGAGUAUUUAUGA